AUGAAUGCGAAGGUAUCAAAACCAAGAUCAUUUGCAAAGGUGAAAAGAUCGAACGGAUGCAGAGUAGCUCUGAAAAGGUAUUUUAUCCCGAUAAGGGUUUCAGUUACGCGGUAUGCCAAUGGAUUGAAGCCAUGUCAAAUCAAACAGCCAUUCACGAUAGUCAACAAAAAACAUCCAACAUUUAUGAUGAAUGAAGACCCAAAGGUGCUUGUGCAAAAAUUUGUUGAGCAACUGGAGCAGAGACAGAUCCAGAGUGUUAAAGAAGUUGAAAAGAUAUAUCCCAAGCCGGAUGAUUUCGAUAUGCUCCCGGAACAAACUCAAAAUGCUUGGCACGAAUGGGUAAAUCAAGUGACAGUGAUAGGUUUUAAUAGUGGCAAGUACGAUAUUAACAUGAUAAAGCGGUAUUUUGUCGAACGAAUUGCGGAUGAUGAUAAUAUCAAAGUAGCGAAAAAAGAUAAUGAAUACAUGAUUCUAACCACCUCGAACUUCAAAUUCAUCGCUAUCAAAAAUUUCCUCGCACCAGACUUGAGUUAUGAAAAAUGCGCACUCAGUGGUAGAAACACACUCUCACCCGAAGAUUACCAAGCUUUCCGGGAUGAGUUCUAUAAAAGAGAAUGCGUCACGAUGCUGGAUUGGUUAACCGAAUACAAUAUGGCAGACGUAAUACCAUUUAUCGAGGCCGUCGACAGGACCCGCAAUACAUACUACAGGGAUGAGAUUGACAUUUUGAAGGAUGCUGUGAGCAUCCCGGGUGUGUCAAUGUGGUAUGUACUCAACAAAUCCUUGCGGUUGAACCCAGAUAAAAAGCUUUAUGCUUCAGGGGAUUUCUGUAAGCAUAAAUGUGAGGCUCGUUGCACCAAAGCCCGAUGCGAGUAUUGUAAACAGGUUCAAAACGCUUGUACAAUAUGUACAAAGAACGAGGCUUAUGAACUCCUGCAAACUGGCAUGGUAGGUGGACCAGCUAUUGUAUUUUGCAGGUAUCAUGAGAAUGAUGUGACGGGUAUUCGCUCACAUAUUUAUACCGAGCCCAAAAAAUGCAAGACUAUACUUGGGUAUGAUGCCAAUAUGCUCUACCCAACCACACUACUGCAGGACUUUCCUUGUGGUAAGGAGAAGAUGGAUCGCUGUUCGGGUUUGCCCAAGUUGAUAUCGAAGUCCCCACCGAGCUGUACGACAAAAAUUAGCGAAAUGUCACCGUUAUUUGUGGUCAAAGAGAUAUCCGAUAAAGCCAUUCCAGAUCACAUGCGGGCGUAUUUGACCAAGACCGGACGAAAACGUAUUCCGGGUACCAGGAAGCUGUUGGGAGUGAUGAGAGCUAAGAAGAUCCUGCUUUGUACUGAUCUGGUUAAAUGGUACCUGGAGCAUGGGUUGAAGAUUACGGCUUGCUACCAGCUACUCAAGUACUCACGUGGUAAACCAUUCGCUUGGUUUGCUGAGGAAAUCGCGGAUGCGCGUCGCCAAGCAGAUAAAGACCCUGAUACGCGCAUCGCCGGCGAUACUGCUAAAUUAAAAGGGAACUCGUUUUAUGGCAAAAUGAUAGAGGACUUGGCGAGACAUAACAAUACUACAUUUACAAAGGAUGAAAAGGUAGUAGAUGCGGCAAUGAGGAGCCCAUACCUGGAGGAUCUUGAAGAAAUUGCAGACGCAUAUGAAGUAAGACGGAGUAAACAAGGCGUUUCCAUUAAUAGAGCGUACCAAUGCGGUAUAUAUGUAUAUCAAUUGGCCAAGCUGCGGAUGCUCGAAUUUUACUAUGACUUUCUGGAUAGGUACGUAGAUCGACAAAACUAUGAAUAUGUGUAUAUGGAUACGGACUCCGCAUAUUUUGCAAUCUCUGGAGAUAACUUACGUGAUGUUGUUCGUCCUGAAUUAAUCAAGCAGUACGAUGAGGAUGUUAAAAACUGGCUAGUCAUCGAUAAAUAUUCAAGCCGCACCGGAGGGCUGUUCAAAGAAGAAUUCAUCGAUUCGAGGAUGAUUGCAUUGACGGCAAAGUGUUAUUUCGUCCAAUGGUAA